AGGGAGAGUGGGCGGGGAAGGAUCUCUUAAGAAAUGUAGUUACAGCUUUGAAUGUCGUUCACUUAGACCGUGGGAUCGUAGAAGGGAUAAGAACAAUGGGGUAGCUACUUGCAGACAAAAUAGAAUCACAUGUCCCCAUUGGUAUUUUUGGUGAAAACUCUGAGUACCAGUUCAGCUGGCAUCAUGGAUAACAGGUGUUAUGGCUGUGCAUCCAAGUUUACUGUCUUCAAGAAAAAGUGUGGAUGCAAGGGUUGUGGUCGUGGAUUUUGCUCAAGCUGCCUUGGAUUCAGUGCUAUUGUUCCCCACUGUGGUGACACUCAGCAGAAGGUUUGCAAGCAAUGUCACGGGGAGUUAACAAGUGGAUCAUCUCAAUCAAAUUCAGGUAGAUGGUCUCCACCAGAGAAUUAUAAGAAGCGGAUUGCAGCUCUGGAAGCCAAGGAAAACCAGCCCCAGAAAACAAGGCCUCAGAAGGGCUUGGUGAAAUCUCAGAGCCAGACAGACUCCAGAUAUCAAGGACUAUCAAAGGAGGAUCAGAUUCUAACAGAGAGACUGGAGAGGCUCAAGAAGGCAGUAAGGCCCAAGACUAUACCAUCCCAGGCGGAGAUAGAAUCUAGGCUGGCAGCGCUGAAAGCUGACUCUGGAAGACCCGUUCCAUCAGCCCAAGAGAUGGAGAACCGUCUGGCAACCUUGCAGGGCAGAACACUUCCAUCUACAGCACUCAGGCCUGUACACCAGGUCUCCAGCAGCAAGACACAGGUCGAGGAGGCAGAUGACUUGCUGAACCAGAUGGCUGAGGAAGUCACCAUUGAUGAGAGUGGGGGCUUCAGAAUUACAUCUCAAGAAGUGAGGACACAGAAUUUGAAUGACUUAAAUCAAAUAGAUGGUACUGCAGGCAGUUCAGAUCUGCCUCUCAGGCAGUUGGAGGAGGAGAAAACUAAAUUGUUGGCACAGGCUGCUGCUGAACUCAGGGAGGAGAACACCAGGGCGGAAAAGAUUUUGGAAGUGGCCAAGCGAUUGGCAGUUUUAAAAGGCAAAGAUCCUGAGACAGGUGUGUAACAAGAAACAUUCAAG